UGGUGGGCGAUAAUAGAGAUGAGUGGAGAUCUUCGGAGCCUCCUGGCCACUUUACACAGUUGUUUGGAAGAAGGAAACAAUCCUUCAGACAACGAAAGGGUGCAACUAGCGGCAGAUGAUAUAAGGACUAUUUUGACAGUUGACUCGAAUGCAAAAGAAACUGAUCACAACUUAUCUGUGCUAUUUGAUGCCACUACUGGUGUUAUUCCAUUUCUGAGAAGUGCGAUCCAAUUUGAAGUUGUAGAGUAUGCAAAUGCAAAGAAAUGUCUUCUUGAAACACUUUCUGUUCUCAUUGAGCAUGUGGGCAAGAAAAUAUUGCCAUACACAGUGGAUAUCAAGGAUGUGUGUAUUUCACUGUUUACUAGGGAUAAGUCCAACAAGGUUAAAGCAGACUCUUUACCACUCCUUACCAGGGUGAUGGAGGUUACCAUGGGAACCAAGAUGGAGGCUGAGCUAGAUGUAGCUAAACUGAUACUAAGGUUCUUCAAUGAAUUGGCUAAACCAGAGAGCAAACAGGUCCAAAUGGUUAGAAGAAAUAUCUAUGCGCUUCUGGGGAUGAUAUGUGAGGUCUACCCUAGUGAAAUGAUUAAAUACAACGAAAAACUGCUGAGAAUUUACUUACAGACACUUAACCAAGAAAUGAAGACAUCUAAGACAGUGAAGUGGGGAGUGAUAGCUGGUUGCAUGGAGGGUCUUGUCUCUUACUUAGUCAACUUUACACAAUCUGCUUCUGAAGGGUCUAAACAUGCUUAUGAUAUCUACAAGGUGGUGAGACAGAUUCUUAACAAGGCUAAUGUAUACUCCAAAUACGAUCACCUCAGAGCAGCUCUGAAUCUCAUAACAAAGCAUGCUGGCCAGUUCAAUGAAUACCUCUAUGAGGACCACAAGCAAAUUCAUGACUACCUUGUUUUCUGGUCAGCACACCACAACAGAGAUGUCCAUUACCUUGGAAUAAGUGCACUCGAAGCCUUUCUCAAACAGUUAUCUGAUAUGCUGGUUGCCAAGGCAUCAGAUGGAGAAAGGGAUGGAGCUACAUUCAAAUUUUUCAUCCAGAAGUUUCGAGAAGUGAUGGACAAUCCAAAUUCAACCGGAAAAGAGGUUUCCAUAGCAACUAGGGGUUAUGGCUUUUUUGCUGCACCAUGUAGGAUCUUCCUCAGUGAAGAGGAUGUGAAGUUUAUGUUCAAUGAAAUGAUUCAGAGAAGUGAGCAGAUCUACUUCAGUAACAAUGAAGUAAUUGAUGAGAAAAUUCAGAGUUUGCCUACUUUCCUAGAGUCAUUGGCCAGCAUAGUGAAUGAGAUGAGUGAGAUAUCUGAUAUAUUCCUGGUGUCUCUGGUCAAGCUAGUAGUUGUACUGAUUGAACACUGCCCCAAUUUCUCAAAGGCACAACAGUUUAUUUGUCCUAUAGCCAUUCUCAAAGUCCUUUUUGCCCUAAACACAAAAGGACCAACUUUGAGAAAGUUCCUCAGCCAAAUAGUUUAUCAAGGCCUUAUAAGGACAUGCUCACAUCCAGUUGCUAUAGUGACAGAUGAGAGGACAGAUACAGGUGCUGAGAGUGUGGAAGAACAACACAAAGUCACCUACAAAGAUUAUAUUGAACUUUGGAGGAUUCUCCUUCAGAGUGCCAAAUUGAAGGAGUUGGCUUCUAUUGGAAUUAGCCUGAGUGAACGUGAUGCAAUGACACGUGCAAUUUAUGAUGAAUUGAUCAGUGCCAUCUUGAGGAUGCUCCACAAACUAGACCUGUCAUCGAAUAAAGUGACUGAAAUUCAGAAUACACUUGAGGAGCCAGUUGCUGGACCAUCUGAUAGAGCUGCUACACCUUCACCCUCAGAAGAAAUGUCCUCUGACCCUGCACAUGGUCUACAAGCAAGGAAACCCAAAGACUUCCAGAUCUUCAUCAAUCUUGUGGACUUUACCAGAGAUAUGCUACCUGAGAAGCAGUGUGAGCUAUUCACAAGUUGGGUGCUAGUAUUUGGCCAAGAUAUCAUCAUUCUUUCCACCAAGCAGCCCCUUGUGAGUGGUCUGUACAAGCUGUUAUCUGUAUGUAUGACAAUCGCCAGCAAAACUCACUAUUUCAAGGGAGUGAACUCUAAUGAGACACAUGUAGAAGAUGACAACAUGGAGGUGGAUGUAUAUGAACACAAUGCCACUGUUUUUCAGGGAUUGAACUUUAAUGAGACACAUGGAGAAGAUGACAGCAUGGAGGUGGAUGUAUAUGAACACAAUGCCACUGUUUUUCAGGGAGUGAACUCUAGUGAGACACAUGAAGAAGAUGACAGCAUGGAGGUUGAUGUAUAUGAACAGAGUGUUUCUGUUUUUCAGGGAGUGAACUCUAAUGAGACGCAUGUGGGAGAAGAUGACAGCAUGGAAGUGGAUGUAUAUGAACAGAGUGUUUCUGUUUUUCAAGGAGUGAACUCUAGUGAGACACAUGAAGAAGAUGACAGCAUGGAGGUUGAUGUAUAUGAACACAAUGUUUCUGUUUUUCAGGGAGUGAACUCUAAUGAGACGCAUGUGGGAGAAGAUGACAGCAUGGAAGUGGAUGUAUAUGAACACAAUGCCACUGUUUUUCAGGGAGUGAACUCUAGUGAGACACAUGAAGAAGAUGACAGCAUGGAGGUGGAUGUAUAUGAACUCAAUGUUCCUGUUUUUCAGGGAGUGAACUCUAAUGAGACGCAUGUGGGAGAAGAAGACAGCAUGGAGGUGGAUGUAUAUGAACACAAUGUUUCUGUUUUUCAGGGAGUGAACUCUAAUGAGACACAUGUAAGAGAAGAUGACAGCAUGGAGGUGGAUGUAUAUGAACACAAUGCCACUGUUUUUCAGGGAGUGAACUCUAGUGAGACACAUGAAGAAGAUGACAGCAUGGAGGUGGAUGUAUAUGAACACAAUGCCACUGUUUUUCAGGGAUUAAACUCUAGUGAGACACAUGGAGAAGAUGACAGCAUGGAGGUGGAUGUAUAUGAACACAAUGUUUCUGUUUUUCAGGGAGUGAACUCGAGUGAGACGCAUGUGGGAGAAGAUGACAGCAUGGAAGUGGAUGUAUAUGAACAAAAUGCCACUGUUUUUCAGGGAGUGAACUCUAGUGAGACACAUGAAGAAGAUGACAGCAUGGAGGUGGAUGUAUAUGAACACAAUGUUUCUGUUUUUCAGGGAGUGAACUCUAAUGAGACGCAUGUGGGAGAAGAUGACAGUAUGGAAGUGGAUGUAUAUGAACACAAUGUUUCUGUUUUUCAGGGAGUGAACUCUAAUGAGACGCAUGUGGGAGAAGAUGACAGUAUGGAAGUGGAUGUAUAUGAACACAAUGCCACUGUUUUUCAGGGAGUGAACUCUAGUGAGACACAUGAAGAAGAUGACAGCAUCGAGGUGGAUGUAUAUGAACACAAUGUUUCUGUUUUUCAGGGAGUGAACUCAAGUGAGACGCAUGUUGGAGAAGAUGACAUCAUGGAGGUGGAUGUAUAUGAACAAAAUGCCACUGUUUUUCAGGGAUUGAACUCUAGUGAGACACAUGUGGGAGAAGAUGACAGCAUGGAGGGAGUGAACUCUAAUGAGACACAUGUGGGAGAAGAUGACAGCAUGGAGGUGGAUGUAUAUGAACACAAUGCCACUGUUUUUCAGGGAGUGAACUCUAGUGAGACACAUGUAGGAGAAGAUGACAGCAUGGAGGUGGGUGUAUAUGAACAGAGUGCUUCUGUUUUUCAGGGAGUGAAUUCUAGUGAGACACAUGGAGAAGAUGACAGCAUGGAGGUGGAUAUAUAUGAACACAAUGCCACUGUUUUUCAGGGAGUGAACUCUAGUAAGACACAUGUAGGAGAAAAUGACAGCAUGGAGGUGGAUGUAUAUGAACAGAGUGUUUCUGUUUUUCAGGGAGUGAACUCUAAUGAGAUGCAUGUGGGAGAAGAUGACAGCAUGGAAGUGGAUGUAUAUGAACAGAGUGCUUCUGUUUUUCAGGGAGUGAACUCUAGUGAGACACAUGGAGAAGAUGACAGCAUGGAGGUGGAUGUAUAUGAACACAAUGCCACUGUUUUUCAGGGAGUGAACUCUAGUAAGACACAUGUAGGAGAAGAUGACAGCAUGGAGGUGGAUGUAUAUGAACAGAGUGCUUCUGUUUUUCAGGGAGUGAACUCUAGUGAGACGCAUGUGGGAGAAGAUGACAUCAUGUAG